AUGGACGUCGUAAAAGCGGUCGAGACUUAUGUCACCAAGCUGGUGUCGACGCCAACAGCCAUGAAAGUCCUUCUGCUGGAUACCCACACUACGCCGAUUGUAUCUCUUUCAUCCACUCAGUCAACCCUUUUGUCUCACCAAGUCUAUCUAACCGACCGCAUUGACAACAAAAAUCGAGACCGUAUGCCGCAUAUGAAAUGUGUUUGCUUCCUACAGAACAACGAGGAUAGCUUGGAGGCCCUCGAGGAGGAGCUAAGGGAACCGAAGUAUGGAGAGUAUUACCUUUACUUCAGUAAUAUAUUAAGCAAGACUGCUAUUGAGCGACUAGCGGAGGUUGACGAGUAUGAGGUAGUGAAAGAGAUACAAGAAUACUUCGCGGAUUAUGCACCAAUAUUGCCGUCUUUGUUCUCACUAAACCACGCCCCCACCAACGCGCGACCGUUGUUCUCGUCAACACCAAAUAUAUGGGAUCCGAAAGCCCUCGAGUCAGCUGUCCAGGGAAUCACUGCAGUCCUUCUUAGCCUAAAAAAGAAACCUGUUAUUCGGUACGAGAAGAUGAGUUCCAUGGCGAAGAAGCUCGGUACGGAAGUUCAGCACCGCAUACAUUCCGAAGUUGCGCUGUUCGACUUUCGGCUAACACAAGUCCAGCCACUCCUGUUGAUUCUUGACCGCCGAAAUGACCCCGUCACUCCCUUAUUGUCACAAUGGACCUACCAGGCAAUGGUGCACGAACUCUUGGGGAUACAAAACGGAAGAGUGGAUUUGAAUAUGGUUCCUGAUAUCCGACCAGAACUGUCUGAAAUUACAUUGACAACAAGCACGGAUCCCUUCUUCCAGGCCCAAUAUCUAUCCACUUUUGGCGACCUUGGCUCUUCGUUAAAGGUCUAUGUACAGGAAUACCAGUCUCGGUCCUUGGCUCAGUCACCAUCAUCAAUAAACUCUAUUGCCGAUAUGAAACGAUUCAUGGAAGAGUAUCCGGAAUUCCGGAAGCUUGGAGGGAACGUCAGCAAGCAUGUAGCGCUGGUUGGCGAAUUGAGCCGUCUGGUUGGCAGAGACAAACUCCUCGAAGUCGGCGAGGUGGAACAAGGACUUGCAACAAGUUCGGGAGCGGACUUCAGAAGCGUGCAAGCGAUGGUCAGCGACAAGGACGUGCCACCAUGGAACAAACUCCGCCUCGUCAUGUUAUUUGCCCUCCGAUAUCAGAAGACGCAAACCGCCAAUAUUGCAUCACUUAUUAAUAUCAUGUUGUCCAAUGGUGUUUCUCGAGAAGAUGCAAGAGUAAGCAUGAGCGCCUUUUUUUGCAAGCUUGGACAUCUGAAUUUUUGUGAAGCUUAAUCUUUGCUCGCUAAAGGGCGCUCUGCUUUAAAAGGCCUCAAGGGUGUUGAAAAUGUCUACACACAACACACGCCUCAUCUUUCACAGACACUCGAAAAUCUUUUCAAAGGGAGAUUGAGGGAAGCCAGCUACCCUUUUGUAGAAUCACCUGGACCCAAUUCUAGUCUUCAAAGACCACAAGAUGUUAUUAUAUUUAUGAUUGGUGGGACUACGUAUGAAGAGGCCAGGACGGUUGCUCUCUUCAAUCAAGACCCUGUAACUGCGUCCAAUGGCGGCAUUGCAAACCCAGCGGGGGUGAGGUUACUCCUGGGUGGCACUUGCGUCCAUAACUCUUCAACGUAUAUGCUCGUGUUUCAUCUCAUGGCUGUUCUCACUGACGCUCGGAUAGGUACAUCGAGAUGA